AAUAAUAAUAGCUCAACGAUUAAUUAAAAUAUGAGCAACAAGAGCACGCCAGUGCGUCAGCGCAUCCAGCAAUUCCAAACCCGCGGUAGCGGGAGCAUGGCCCAAAAAUCGACGCCGGUGUCAGAUGCCAGCGGUGGACUGCGAAGAAAAGUCUUAACAAAGACGCCACGACAGAGCAGCGAGGAGCAGCAGCUCCUGAACACGGCCUUCAGCAAUUCCGUGAAUUCCCCGCAGCAUAAGCUAAGACCCACAGCCUUGAAUGCCUGCUAUACCCCGUCCUCUCUUUAUAGACCCACGGCCGCAAGAAUGAAAACUCCGAGUGGAAAAUCCAGCUCGAGCAAACCGAAAGACAAAGACGCCAUGAUGAUGGACUCCUUUCACAGUGCCUCCGAGGAGAGCAACAUGAUUGUGGCCGUUCGUGUGCGCCCCCUAAAUGCCCAGGAAUGUAAUCGACAACAGGUCACGAAUGUGGUGCAGGUCCAUGGCAACAGCAACGAGCUCACCGUUCAGGCAGGCAGCAGUGCCGACGCUUCCGCCGGUGUGACCCACUUCUUCAGUUACGAUCAAGUCUACUAUUCCUGCGAUCCGGAGAAGAAGAACUAUGCCGGCCAGGCGAAAGUCUUUGAGGGCACAGCCGGUCCUCUAAUAGAAACCGCCUUUGAUGGCUACAAUGCCUGCUUGUUUGCCUAUGGCCAGACGGGCUCCGGCAAAUCCUACAGCAUGAUGGGCAUAGAGGCUUUGGAUGAUGCCGCCUUGGAUGGCGGACCACCACAUGACGAGGCUGGGAUUAUUCCCCGCUUCUGCCACGAGCUGUUCCGCAGAAUAGAGGCCGUCAAGGCAGAACAGCAGCUCCAGGUGGAAGUGGAAGUCAGCUAUUUCGAGAUCUACAACGAAAAGAUCCACGACCUGUUGAGUGUGCAACAUGCGACGUCCUCUUCGGUUGACUCCACGCCUGUGCAACAUCAGCGACCGGCUCUAAAAGUGCGAGAGCAUCCCAUUUUCGGACCCUAUGUGGUGGAUCUGAGUGCCCACUCGGUGGACUCUUAUUCAGCGCUACGCAAUUGGCUAGCGGUGGGCAAUUCCCAGCGGGCCACCGCCUCCACGGCCAUGAACGACAAGAGCUCGCGCUCUCACUCCAUCUUCAACAUUGUUCUGAACCUCACAGAUCUCUCCACUGAUGAUGGCUUGACCUCGGAUACGGAUUCUGAGAGCACUGCCUCUCUAAGACAAACGCGCAGGAGUAAAAUCAGUCUCGUUGAUCUGGCUGGCAGCGAACGCAUCAGUGUCUCGGGAUCGAAUGGCGAGAGGAUACGCGAGGGCGUUAGCAUCAACAAGAGCCUCCUGACACUGGGAAAAGUCAUUGCCGCCCUGGCAGAUGGACGCAAAGCGGGCGGCGGCAAUGGACCCUCGACGCCCAGCACCUUUGUUCCGUAUAGGGAGAGCGUUCUCACCUGGCUAUUGAGGGAAAAUCUUGGCGGCAAUUCAAAGACCGUUAUGCUGGCCACCAUCUCACCCGCCAGCAUCCAUGCGGACGAGACAUUGGCCACCUUGCGCUACGCUUGCAAGGCGCGCUCCAUCGUGAACCGCGUGAAGGUCAACGAGUCCCCACACGACAAGAUCAUCAGGGAUCUGAGAGCAGAAGUGGAUCGCCUGAAGUCCCUGAGGAACGAAUAUGAACGGCAGCGACGCAUCUCGGGGAACAAAAACAACCCAUCGCCACGGAAGAUCAUCAUAGAGACCUCUGUGGAUGACUCGGAGGUGGAGGGACUGCGCCAGCAGUUGGCCGAACGCGAAAGGGAGCUGAUUCGAGCCCAGAAAUCCUGGAUGGAGAAGCUGCGCGAUGCCGAGGAUCAACGCAAGUCCGAGCUGCGUUUGCUCAGACGCAAAGGCCUGGCUCUGGAGCUGACUGCCGACCAGAAGCAGGCGUGCCUGGUCAAUCUCACAGCAGAUCCCAUACUAAGUGGAACGCUGUUCUAUCUGUUGCCCCCUGGUCUGGUACGCAUUGGACGCGGGCGUCUACCGGGAUCAGCCAACUUACAGCCGGAUAUCGUUUUGGAUGGCCCUCUGGUGGCGCUCCAGCAUUGUAUCAUCGAGCACGAACGCAGUGGCAAACUAUAUGUCAUUCCAGGCAGCGAGGACUUUGAGACCUAUGUGAAUGGCGAGCUGGUGGCGGAGAGACGACAGCUGUUCCAUGGCGAUCGUUUGGUGAUCGGUGGCUCCCACUACUUCCGCAUAUCCAAUCCUUUUUGCACGCACAGAGCCAAGACCGAUCAGUUGGUUGACUAUCAGUUGGCCCACCAGGAGAUCCUGCAGAAGCAGGAACAGCAGCUUCGCUCCGAACUGGAGGCCGAGAAGUUGGCUGCCUUGACGCGCAUCGAGCAGGAGCGUGCCCAGCAUGCCAGGGACUAUGAGGAGCGGUUGCAGUGCCUCGAGUUGGAGCAGUUCAAGUACCAGUGCAACAGCGAGAUGCUGGAGACGGAACGUCAGGUUUUGGCCCAGGCCCAAAAGGAACAGCAAACGCCUCUGAAAGAGGAGGUGGGUGUGUCCACGCCAGCCCAGAAGUCCAACCUGCUGGAGGACAUACAACGCAUAAUGCUGAAUCCGAGCGAGGAAAGCCUGCACAAGACCCAACUGAUGGUGAAGGAAGCCACCCAACGCUGUCGCCAGCUGGGACUGCAAUUGGAAUUCCGGCAAACCCAAGCUCCAGAUGAAUUCGGCCUUCUGCGAACGGUGAUACUGAUUCUGGACAAGCAGCGUGGUUUCAAAGCCGAGUGGCCCAUUGCCCGACUGGGCGUCUGGCUCGAUUUGCUGAGAGAUAAUCCUGAUCAGACGCUGAAUGCCCACACAAUCUUUCAGAGCGUCGAGGUGAACUGGGAGCCAUUAGAUGCAGAUCUAAACGAGACGCUAAGCGACAACCACAAUUCUAGUCGAAUUUCCUUGAAUCUGAGUGCCAUGCUCAAGCAGCCAUUGAAGAGGCUUCUCAAUGUGUCCACAAGUAGCAACACACCACGUCAGACAUCUACACCUUCGGGCAAAACCCCAGUUAGUCCCUCGCCAGGGAGCAAAUUAGUUCAAUACACCAAGCGCUUGCUAACCUACGACCCCGAGGAGACCACAGAGGGCAGCCAAUUCCAGAUGCUCGUCCACCAGGAGCUCCAGAUGUUGCAGGGAUCGACCCAGCGGCUGAAGCGUUACUGCGAGAACGCUCUACUCGAGCGGGAGAAUCAACAGGACAACGGAGUACUGGCCAUCAGCUUACAGGAGGCUCUGACACGCCUAGACAGUGUGCUCCACGGCAUGCGGAGCUCGCUGGCACAGUCAGAGGCUGCAGCCGGUGCCAGCUCACCGACGAAGACACAGAAAGCAGUGCGCUUUCUUAUCGAUUGACUUGACGUUUAGUUUACGCCUUGAACUAGAUUUUACGUUGCAAUG